CAGGUUGAACAGCCUUGGCUUUGAGUUUGAGCUGCCUACUGGGUUUUGAGAUGGACUUGUCAUCAAACUAGAAAGCUCCUCCCAGGUUCCCCCACAAGUCCAUUUCUCUCCCCAUGCGGCAAAGUUGUUGCACAAAUCAAUAGUUAUUUUAGCAUCAAACAGCUUGACAACCAUACCCAAACCUCCUCCUCCUCCCUGUUUCUUCAAGCAAUUUCACAUCUCUCUCUAUAUACAUUAUACAUAUACAUAUAUAUAUAUAUAUAUACACACACACAUACAUACAUACCUUGAAAUGUGCUAAAAUUCAUACCAACAACCACUUUCCCCAGUGACAUCCCAACUAUCUCCUUCCAAUUAAGUAUAAUUCUCGUGUCUCUUCUCCAAUUGGGGCACACCCUUGGAAACUCUUCUGGGUUUUCUUUAGGUUCUCUGGUACUGUUUCUCUGUGACAUUAGAUUUGAUUUGUGGAAAGGAUAUAUAGAGAGAGAGAAAAAAAAUGAGGAUUUGGAGUUGGGUUUUUGUUGUGCUUCUUUUUUCUGGUCCUGCAUUGAGGAUUGGUGCUGUGGAGCUCUCUCGUGGUCAUCAAACUGAAAGAAUUUCAGGUAGCGCUGGUGAUGUCUUGGAAGACGAUCCAGUGGGAAGGUUGAGAGUUUUUGUCUAUGAGCUUCCAAGCAAAUACAACAAGAAGCUUCUGCAGAAGGAUCCCAGAUGCUUCACCCACAUGUUUGCUGCGGAGAUCUAUAUGCAUCGGUUCCUCUUAAAUAGCCCCGUUCGAACCCUCAAUCCUGAGGAAGCUGAUUGGUUCUAUACCCCUGUAUACACUACUUGUGACCUGACACCAAAGGGCCUUCCUUUACCCUUCAAAUCGCCCCGAAUGAUGAGAAGUGCAAUACAGCUUAUAUCUUCUAACUGGCCUUAUUGGAAUAGAACAGAAGGGGCAGACCACUUUUUUAUCGUGCCACAUGAUUUUGGGCCAUGCUUUCACUAUCAAGAAGAAAAAGCUAUUGAAAGAGGGAUUCUUCCAUUACUUCAGCGUGCUACCUUGGUUCAGACUUUUGGACAACGGAAUCAUGUUUGCUUAAAGGAGGGCUCAAUCACGAUUCCUCCAUAUGCUCCUCCACAGAAAAUGCAAGCCCAUUUGAUUCCUCCAAACAUUCCUCGUUCCAUCUUUGUUUACUUCCGCGGUUUGUUUUACGAUGUGGGAAACGACCCUGAAGGAGGUUAUUAUGCAAGAGGAGCAAGAGCUUCAGUGUGGGAGAACUUCAAGGACAAUCCACUUUUUGACAUCUCCACAGAUCACCCGGCAACUUACUAUGAAGACAUGCAACGAGCUGUUUUUUGUUUGUGUCCGCUUGGAUGGGCCCCAUGGAGUCCAAGAUUGGUUGAGGCAGUGAUAUUUGGGUGCAUCCCUGUUAUCAUUGCAGAUGACAUUGUUUUACCGUUUGCUGAUGCGAUCCCAUGGGAAGAAAUCGGUGUAUUUGUAGCAGAGAGAGAUGUUCCGAAUUUAGACACCAUUCUCACAUCAAUUCCACCAGAAGUAAUAUUAAGGAAGCAGAGAUUGCUCGCAAACCCUUCCAUGAAGCAGGCAAUGUUAUUCCCACAACCUGCUCAAUCCGGGGAUGCCUUCCAUCAAAUUUUGAAUGGACUUGCACGUAAGUUGCCACACGACACAAGUGUUUUCUUGAAGCCGGGUGAGAAGAUCUUAAACUGGACAGCAGGCCCAGUAGCUGACCUGAAACCUUGGUAGCUGCUACAUUUCUCCCCAUAAUCUCACCUACAAAUCCUCGUUGCUCUAAUCAAGGUGCCCAAUUUUCCAUCUGUAAGUGUUAAUUUUCAUUUUGCCAAAAUAUUGUAUUAGACUAUAGGUUUUAGUUUGAAUCAGUAUUGGAGUUUGAUGUCAAAGUUCUUGAUGAUGGUUUUUGUGGCACCUGGCUGUAAAGAUGUGAUGCAAUUUUUGAAACAGAAUCACCGGUCUUUUACCAAUUUAUUUGGUUUUACUGCACGUAGAGUAUCAUGAUCCUGUGCCUAAUAAAAUCUAUACUUUUGGCCAUUACUAGUUCAA